AUGAAGUGUCUUGUUGCUGUUUUGGUCUGUGUGGUGCUCGCAGAGGGAUUCAAGGUCCCUCUGACGAAGCACAAGUCUAUGCGUGAGGCCCUGAGAGAGAAGGGGAUUGAGCUGCCUCACCAGGACCCAGCUCUGAAAUACUACCCAGAUGACUUCGCCACCUCUGCCAGCAUGUACAUCAAUAACUAUGCUGAUACCACCUACUAUGGACCCAUCAGCAUUGGAACACCCCCCCAGUCCUUCCAGGUGCUGUUUGACACCGGCUCUGCCAACCUGUGGGUGGACUCCGUCUACUGUAACACUCAGGCCUGCAACACACACACAAAGUUCAAUCCCCAGCAGUCCUCCACCUUCAGUGCCAAUGGACAGACCUUCUACCUGCCCUACGGAGCUGGAAGCCUCUAUGGAACCUUUGGAUAUGACACUGUCACUGUUGCCGGCAUUGUGAUCCCUAACCAAGAGAUUGGUCUGAGCACAAACGAGCCUGGUCAGAACUUUGUUGUGGCCAAGUUUGACGGCAUCCUCGGCCUGUCCUACCCAAGCAUCUCAGCUGGAGGAGAGACUCCAGUCAUGGACAGCAUGAUGUCUCAAAACCUUCUAAGUGCCAACAUCUUCGCUUUCUAUCUUUCCAGGAAUGGACAGCAGGGCAGUGUGCUCACUUUUGGAGAAGUGGACAACAGCUUGUACCAGGGGCAGAUCUACUGGACUCCUGUCACCUCUGAGACCUACUGGCAGAUUGGCGUUGAAGGAUUCCAGAUCAAUGGUCAAGAGACCGGCUUGUGCUCUCAGGGCUGCCAGUCCGUUGUUGACACUGGAACCUCCUCACUGACCGCCCCAAACCAGAUUCUGGGUACCAUCAUGCAAGCCAUUGGAGCCCAACAGAGCCAGUAUGGAGCGUAUAUGGUGGACUGCAGCCAGGUUAACAACUUGCCAACUCUCAGCUUUGUUAUCAGUGGUGUUGCCCUCCCUCUGCCUCCUUCUGCUUACAUUAAACAGCAAUACCAGAAUGGAUACCAGUAUUGCUUAGUGGACAUCUACCCCACCUACCUGCCCUCUCGUAAUGGCCAGCCCCUGUGGAUCUUUGGAGAUGUCUUCCUCAGAGAGUACUACUCCAUCUACGACCGCACCAACAACCGUGUCGGCUUUGCUGCAGCUGUCUAA